AUGGCGAGCGCGUGCACCUCUGAGGCUGCCCUUAACGACACCUGCCCCUGGCCACGGCAGCUCCUCUACAUUCCAACCUUGACCUCCUUCCACUGGCGGCCCGGCAACACCUAUAACGACAUUCGCGAGCCGGCAUACUUCGCUAUUACAUAUACUUGGGGCCGGUGGGAGCUCGGCAACGGCGAAUUUCCGGAACUUUGUGCCCUUGACUUUGGCACGCCCUGGAAAAUCCCUCGGGUUCACCCGGACUGCUUUACGCCCGAUCAGUUGCGACAGCUGAUCUGCAAGCUUCCACUUAUCCACGGGCCCGACGAGCCUUGGGCACAGGUGCAGUUUGUGUGGAUCGAUAUUGCAUGCAUAGACCAAAGAGACGGGUCAAGGGAGAAGGACUUGGAGAUUGGACGGCAGGCCGUCAUCUUCAGGGGGGCCACGAAAGUCUACGCGUGGCUGCGCGAGCACACAAAUGCUGACAUCGACGCGGCCAUCAAGACAUUCGAGCAGGGUAUCGAUCUUCUCACCGAGGGGGAUUGGGGUACACAAUUCACCGAGGCCCAGCAAUCCGGACUCGACCUGGCCCUCAAAAGCUUUGAGUUCGUGACCUCCGAUCCAUGGUUCUCCUCUCUCUGGACGCUGCAAGAAGCAUACCUUCGGCCCGAGCUGCUCCUGGUGGACCGCAACGGAGAGCUCUGGCCCAGCGUAUCUCCAUCCGUGCCUUUCUGGCUGAAAGAGCUGACGACCUUCUGUCAAGGCUUCUACGGCAUAAUCACCCGUGCGUUGUGCAGGCAACCGAAAGCACUGCAAGAAGUCCAAAACCGCCUGCGGAGGACGGGACUUCUUGGUCUUUACUACGGCUUCCCUGUCGAGCUACUAAUGGCAGCGCAUUUUCGCACCGUAAGUCCGAAACGCCUUACUGAUCGCGUGUACGGAAUCAUGCAGGUCUUUGACUUGAAGCUCGGGAAGUCGGCGCCGGCCAGUCCGCUGGGACGUGACUACAAUCUUCAAGAAUUAGAGGAUCAGCUCGGGUCGGCGCUGUUGGCACAGAACCAAGACCUGAGUCAGAUGUUCGUGCAUACGCGCCCAGCAGCGCCCGGCCAAGCCUGGCGAUUGAGCCACCAUAUUCGGGCUCCGGAGUCGGCACUCUCGCCCAUGUGGAUUGUGAAAGACUUGAAAAAUCUCCUUCGACGCGCAUCUACCCUUUCAGUCAAGCAUGUUGGCAAUGUCCUGGUGGGACACUUCGCAGGGCUCAUGGCUCCGCUCACAGCUCUAACUUGCAUUUGGUCGAGGCAAUCACCGCAUAGCUUGCCGGCGGUGCAGAUAGAUUUGGAUGCAGUGUCAUUCUAUGACCCACCCACCGAGCUGGUCUACGGCGGUGAGGACAUUCGCGAGAUGGUUGGGACGAGAUACGUGGAUUUGGCUAGCUGGGUUGCAGAGAGGCGUGCGGACGCCAGGAUGCUUCUUCUUGGUCUCUAUCAAAAGUACGAUCGUCCAAGUUUACUCGGUCUCAUUCUAGUUCGCGCAGAGCAAUCGAAUGUCACGGAAUGGACACGCGCGGGAAUAUGCUGGUGGGAGCAUCCGGGCGAGACAGGCGGUUUGACGCGGGAUGAUGAAGAGCGAGAGUUGCUGAAGGGAGAAGGCAAGCAAUGGGAUUACGCAACGGGAACGUUUGGUUAG